AUGGUAGCGAAGUCGAAGAGGAACGCGGCGCACGACAAGCGACACGAGAAUGGCCUUGCGGCCCCUGGCAAAAAGAUCACCAAGCAGAAGAGCAACCCGCAGCUUAAUGGCCACGCCAACGGGAAGACUCACGAGCCCACGCCGCCUGUCCCCAGCCAUGUAGACACGACCGAGAUGACGCAGCCGGCCAGCGCUCACGAUCCCUCAGCACCGGGGUCGAGUGCCCACGUCAACACCAUGGCCGCUGCACCAAAUGGCCGAAGCGGGGAGCGCACGCGCGCAGCAUCGGAUGCCUCACUAGACAACACCGUCGAGGCAUGUCGCUCGUACGACAAUGGCACUAAUGGGCCCUUUGAUCCCAUGCCCUCAGCUCUCCGCCGCGCCGACACCAAUGCCUCCAAGUCGGCCUCCAUCUCCAUGGCCAGCAUGCUCUCGGUGCCCGCCACCAUUCUCACGUCCUGUCCUCUGCGGGACGUUCUCGCCAUCCUCAUCAUCCUCCUCCAACUUCCCCCCACCGUCCUCACCGUCGUACAGUUCUUGUUCGCAACGCUUACUUUUGUCCCGCCCCAGGCCGGGACCCCCCUCUCCGCUCUCUCUGCCUUUCCCUCCUUCACCGACAUCUUCCAGGGCUCCGGCGGCACGCCCUCGCUCUUCACCACAAUCAUUGCCGAUACCGUCAUAUUGCUUAUAUGGCUGCUGUUAUGGGUACCUGCGCAGAAUUUCUUUCUUGAUCUUGCACAGGCCGUCAUUGCAAUAGCCCUCGGAGGUGCCGCAGCCGGGAAGAAAGGCACGACCAACAGCAUAGUAAUAUGUUUUGUCAUUAUUCUUUCAAGCCACGUCUUCAGAUUCAGGCCUCUUCGGCAACACAUCGUCCAGUUCCUCUGGACGGGGCUCGCCCGGGGAGGCCUUGAAUUUUUGACGAGCCCGCCGAGUACGCCAACUUAUUUGGAAAGCUUCUCGACCCCCCAUGGAUGGCCCCGCAGCCUCCUGGGUAUUCAUAUUUUGGCCCAAGGCGUCGUUCGUAUCAUUCGACGCUCUCUGUCUCGACGAGAACAUGCGACCUUACCCACUGGCAAGAAGACAGACCCCGAGUCUGGAACCCUGCAACGCUCCAACUCCACGAACCUCGAUCCCACUGCAGACGUGCCCAACUCCUCGAGUACCGAUGGCCGCCCACCGGGGCCGUCGCCCGCAGUGCUCAAAGACAAAGUGAGCACGGGUAGGAGAAAGAGGAAGCAAGCUACUCAUGUUCGUAGUCAGCAGCCGUUUUGGGCUGCACUUGCCAGUACAAAAGUUACAGUUUUAAAAGAGAUGGAAAGUAGCCGGGCGGCUAACGACGCCGACGAGGCUAACGCAAAAGACGCAAAUCACAUUGGAAACGCUGUUUAUAGAUCGGAGGACGAUCGUGUUUGGAUUUCAGAAGUCGGCUUUUCCGACAUUUCAUUUCGUGUUAGUUUAUCUGGUGGAGCUGGCCUUCAAGAGCAGGACGAUGAGGAUUCCAGUGUCGGGUCUGGGAUAGACAAGUCGAAGCCGUUCUACAUCCGCGUCAACGGCGCUGACUGGAGCUCAACCCGCAUCCGACAGAGCGAGCCUGUAGGUUUCCAGGGACAAGAGGAAACGGGCUACUGGGUAGGAGAAAUAUUUGGUCUGACGGCUCUCUCGAACUACUACUGCGAGUUUGUCCGGACCAACGACAACGAAGUCUUCUACUCAGCGAGUCUUAUUACCUCGGCCAGCCCAGUGACCGAACUUGGUAAGCACAGCAACUCCAGUAGCCUUUCUAUCCUAAUGCGUACCCCAGCUUCAGCCUCUAUUGCCUCUCCACCAGCGCAUCAGACUCUACGACCUUCUUCGCCGACGACAACAUUAAAGAACUCGAUUGCCGCAGCCGACCAGCAACUGCAAGAGCAGCGCAACCGCCUGAAGCGAAAUAAGAAGGACCACAAAACAGCCAUUACCAACAUCAAGAAAGAGGUGGAUACACUGGGCAACCGCCUUGCCAACGCCGGAGGUAGUGACGAGCGCCAGCGCCAGCGCGUCCUUCAAUUUACACAAAACAUCCGUCAGGCUGAAGACGCUGCCGCCGAGUUUGCCGUUCAAGCAGAAAAUUUGGGAAGCAUUCCUGAAGAUGAGGCUAAAGAGGCUGCAACAAGGAAGGCAGAGUGGAAGAAGGAGCGUGACAACAAGAACGCUGUUGCUAGCGAAUUCGACAAGACCAAGGAGGAGAUUGAGCGACAAGUGCAAAGUGUCGAGUCCGAUAUUUCUACUGCCUUUCAGAAGAGGGAGCGCCUUCAGCAGCGUCAAACCAGGCUCAACGAGCAACACGAUCGUCUCGUCACCGCCAACGCAGAAGGCUUUACCGCGAAGCAACGAAGGGAGCAAGAACGCACAGCUUUGCGAGCACAGCGUGCUGAAGUCGAGCACCAGUACCGGAGCAAUAUUAACGGCUACGAAAGGCGCACUGAGGAGCAGAAUGUCUCUACCAGUCAAAUUUUGCAGACCGUCCAGCAGUACGAAGAGCUUCUCCUUCAGCAAGCGCACCAGCACAUAUCGGUUCCUACCACUCCCGAAGGCAAUCUUCCAGGCACGACCAUGUCUCCCUACAGCAACGGUCUCUCCAGCUUCACGUUUCCAUCGAUGCACUCGCACAUGAACGGCACUCCUGGCUCCAUGCGCGGUGGUCGCGGUCGCUCCUCGUCGAUGCUCUCCAACGUCUCUGGAUUCACCGAUGCUUUCGACGAGCCCACAGCUUCAGGCACUUACGUUCUCGGCAACCCCUUCAGCACUCCUGGUCCAGUCAACGGCCGCAAUCGCAGUCACGGCAGUGGCAGCUUGAGCUCAGGUACAUCCAGUCAGAGUUCGAGUCAGCGAGAUCCGUUGAGUCCUGUUCAAAGCAUCAAGCCGAUGAUGGUGCGGAGCCCCACCAGUGGUAGUGGCAAUGGUCUGAUGAGUCCGAUUGGCACUGGCAGAUGA